ACGACGAUGUUGGGCGCCACUGUUGGCAAAACCUUGUGCAGAAGGAAAUGGAGUCCAAGCAGUUCGAGUGCGCUGUGGUUUUCGUCAGUUCCAAGAACUAAAGCGCCGUUGGAGAUGGCUGAAAGAGAUGGGGAACUGAGGGUCUUCGUUGUUGCAGGCGAAGUCUCUGGAGACUCCAUUGCUUCUCGUGUCAUGGCUUCCCUCAAGCUUCUCUCCCCUUUCCCUCUUCGCUUUGCUGGUGUUGGAGGGGCUAAGAUGUCAAGUGAAGGAAUGCAAUCUCUUUUUCCCAUUGAGGAUAUCUCGGUCAUGGGAAUUUGGGAACUACUGCCGCAUUUGUAUAGAAUCCGAGUGAGAUUGAAGGAAACUGUAGAAGCAGCUGCUUCAUUUGAGCCUCAUGUUGUAUUAACCGUAGACUCUAAAGGCUUUUCUUUCCGGUUCUUGAAGCAGCUAAGAGCUAGAUAUAAUCAGCAAAAACCACACUGGCCAGUACACUUUCACUAUGUAGCACCAUCAUUCUGGGCAUGGAAAGGAGGCGAAGCAAGACUCAGAGGGCUAGCAGAAAUUGUAGAUCAUCUAUUGUGCAUACUUCCGAAUGAAGAUAAAAUAUGUAAAUUGAAUGGAGUGUCUGCAACCUUUGUUGGCCAUCCAGUCCUAGAAGAUGUUCUAGAAUUGAAUUUGAGAAGCAAUUACUUAGUCCCUGAUUGGAGGGCUGAAGGCAAUGCUGAAGAUUUCCGAAAUAAACAUGUGAUACCCUCAGGAGCCACUGUUGUUAGCUUGCUUCCUGGAAGCAGGGUACAAGAAGUCACCCGGAUGCUUCCCAUCUUUGCAAACACAUUGGAACUCCUGAAAGAGACUUUUCCUCAGAUGAUGACAGUCAUUCAUGUUGCGCCUAACAAGUAUGUGGAAAAUUUUAUUGCUGAGGCUGUUCAUAGAUGGCCUCUUCCUUCUGUUUUAAUUCCUGGCGGAAUGACUCAGCUGAGAUAUGAUGCCUUUAGUGCAAGUAGAGUUGCAUUAUGCACAUCUGGGACUGUUGCUGUGGAGCUGCAGCUUGCACGUCUACCUUGUGUUGUUGCAUAUCGUGCCAAUAUUUUGACUGAAUGGUAUAUUAAGUACAAAGCUAAGAUACAAUACAUUUCACUUCCCAAUAUUCUCUUGGAUUCAGCUAUUAUUCCUAGUGUAUGCUAAAAUGCAUGUAAAAAUGAAAGCAUUGCACUUUACUAUUCAGUUGCAAAACAAUAUUUCUCUGGGACAUUUGAUGAGGUCUUGGCUCUAUACUACAGGAAUUUAAUACACGAUAACAAUUUUCGAGAAGAACAAAUAGUGGCAGCUGAAAAGUUUGUUAAGCUUCUAUUGCCUUCAGAAAGAAUACAAGGCAACCUUUCUCAACAAGAUUUGAUGAGAGCUAAUUCUAACUACAGUCCAAGUGUAGUUGCAGCAUUGACUAUAUUGAACUAUGGAAAGCCUAUAUAACAAGUAUCUAAGGACAUCCAAAUAUUGAAGGAUCUACGAUAUCAAAUUAUUUACAACGAAAGUUCAACAUUGAGGUGGAGAUUGUUACCUAAUGUUCCAAACCACAUGUAAUCUAAAGCACUCGGAAAUGCGUCAGGUUUUAUUUAUAUUUAUAAUACAUUUUUUAAUUAUAUCAAUAUGCUUGUUACUGUCUUCUGACCAUAAUUAGUAAACAGAGGUUCCAAAUGUUUACAAUCAUUCAUAGAAGUUACUCAUCUAAGAAGUUUUGUUGAGUAGAUGUGAGAUGAAUAGCUUCUACCGAAAGCUUUUUGUUAGAAAAAAACUAAAACAAACAUUUCUUUGAC